AUCUUCCAAAUUCUAUUAUCUACAACAAAAUAGUGAGACACACAUAACGCGCGGGUGAUUUUUUCCAUGGCGACAGUUGUUUUCCCUCUCAUUCUCAACACUUCCACAACUCCCUCCCAAUUCAUCUUCCAUCCUAACACAAUUCCAAACCCUAAUUUCACUUCUGUCAAAUUCAAUUUCAACAAACCCUUAUCACCACGUUCCACCCCUUCCCUUCGCGCAACAAACCACGAUUCCAACAACCAUCAAAUUCCACAAGAUGCCGAAGUUGACAAUUUGGGAGUUAAAGCUGCUCUUUCCAUCUUAAGAUUCUACAAAAGGGAAAUUUCCCCAAUCUUGCCGAGGAGCUGUCGUUACGUUCCAACUUGCAGUGAGUAUUCCAUGGAGGCAUAUAGGAGGUAUGGUGUUUUCAAGGGUACAACUUUGACCGUGUGCCGUCUCUGUCGUUGCAAUCCUCUUGGUGGGUCUGGAUUUGAUCCUCCAAGAUGGUUUGGUGAGAUUAGACAAGGGGAAGAACUUGACGAUUGAUUAUUUUCUAGUGGCAUAUUUUGAAUCGGUAAGCACUGCAAACCGAGCAUUUUAUAAACUGAAGUUCAUUGAUGUGCUAACUUAUACUGCGGGCUCUUAGUUGUUUUUCCAUCUGGUUUCUUGUGUCAUUUGGUUUCUUAGAUCUUACCACAUGAGAUAAAUUAGAUCAGGGAGAAUGAUAGCUGAGAUUGGAUUAUUAUUGACGAUGAUCAAAUUAAAUGUCUUUAUAUUUGUACUGCAAAAGAAAAUACGGUAUGAAACAGUGAACAUCUUUGUUCAUCAUUCAAUAUCCUAUGCUUUUAUUCAACAACCACCCUUUUCAGUCCAUUCUGGGAGUUCAUCUACUUAAGAAAUGUCUUAUAUUGGUCAUGCGAAUUAUACUGAGACACAUAAUUGGUUUAGAGUGCCUCAUAUUAUAGGAAUAUUAAAAAUGAUAUGUUUUUAUCACUUUUUUAUUGUGUGAAAUCCCACAUUGGCCCCGCUAAAUAAACUGGGCCUGCGUUAAGCUAACAUGAAAUUUUAGUUUUCACCCAAUAAUUGAGUGUGUUGAGAAAGUAUCAACAAGGGCGUUACUAGCAUUUCUCUUUACUCACACUACUAGGAAUUAAGAUUUGAUAGGUUGUGCUUGAAAGAAACGUGAGAAUGAGUACUUCUUAGUACCGGUUAAUUACUUGUUGUUCUUUUUGCUUCCAAUUCUACUUUAAGUUCCACAAAUUCUCCGUGAAAUGGCAACCACCACU